AUGAGCGGCGACUUGCAAUCAUGGGCGCUACCACGCCUUGGGCGCUUGUUACCUGUAGAUGAUGACUCGCUCAACGAAGUGAUCGCCUACACGUCGACUCUCUCAAAAGAUGCAGCCGCUGAACAUCUGAAGAAUUUGCUCGGCGACUCUCCCCAGGCUCUGGACUUCAUCUCGUCGUUUAACGCACGACGGGGGAACACACAAGUGGCCGCCAGCAGCGCGGAGGGAUCCGGAGUGCCCAAACCACUGAAGAAAGGUCCCAAGAAAGCCAAACCUCCUCUCCAUGCCGCAGGCCCAGUGCGCCGUCCAGAAGGCUAUGGUGAUGUCGCGGGCGGUUACACAAAACAGUACGACAGCGACACGGAUUUCGGCGUGGCUCACAAUCGACCAGUCUCGAGAGACCGAAACGUUCCCAACAUGUCCUCGACUCCUGAUGCCCUUCAGGUCCCUCAAACCAUGGCAAGUGGGCAAGGCCCAGGUUCCUCUGUCGCCUCUCGAGACGCGUCGCCAGGGAAGACUCCACAGAAGCUUCCUCCUUCGGCGUCUGGGAAUCUCAUAUCUGAUUUUGGAUUCGCAAAUGUUCGGUCGAAGAAAUCCAAGAAGCCCGCUCAUGCCAGUCACUCGCAACCCCAAUCUGGCACUUCUACGCCACACAGAGGUGACCCUACGACAACCACUUCGAGCGUUGCAGACCUUACUGCCGCAAUCGCGGCACUGGAGCUUUCUACCAAUCCAACCUUGUCUACACAGAGGAGAAAAUGCCCCUGCAAUGCCUCGAUACAUCCGCUUUUCAGAACCGCCCCAAACUGUCUGAAUUGUGGCAAGAUCAUCUGCGCCCUCGAGGGACUUCAACCUUGCUCGUUCUGUAAUUCGCCGAUCUUGACAAAAGACCAGGUGAACGGCAUGAUCAAGGCACUGAAAGAAGAACGAGGGAUCGAGAGAAUGGCUGUCCACAAUGCUGGACAAUCGCUGUCAGGCAGAGGCACGCCGAUUUUCGGUGGAUCAACCCCAGAGAGCGGAUCAGGCGAUGAAGCCUCUUCUGCUGCAGCGCGGGCACGAGCGCACCGAGAUAAACUGCUGGCGUUUCAACGAGAGAAUGCUCAACGGACUCGUGUCUACGACGAGGCUGCCGAUUAUGACGCAAAUCUUACGCCGGGGACUACGCAAUGGAUGACGCCGGUACAGCGAGCAGCUGCGCUGAAGAAGCAGCAAAAGUAUUUGCGAGAACUAGAGGAAGCAAAUCGGCCAGAAUGGGAGAAGCAAAGAACGGUUAUGAGCAUGAGCAUCAAGAAUGGCAAACUGGUGAAGACGUACGAGCGGGAGAAAGCCCAUUCUCUCGCGCGGGAGAAAGAGAACCUCGCAGGCUCAGACAACGAAGGUGAUGCUGGAGAUCAACAUUUGACUUUGAGCGAGAUUGACCGAAAGGGCGCCUUUAGCAACAACCCUCUUCUGGCAAGUGGCAAACUCAUACGGCCAGUUUGGAAAGCUCCAGAGGAUAGCAGUGUGGGCAAGGGGAAGGGUCGGGGGACGGAAAGGAAGAGUGUCUGGAGAAGGGUCCAGGACGACAAUGAGGACAACGAACAAUGGAUCUUGGAUGGCGGACUGCACGGCUACGGGACCGAGACCAGGGUGACGGAGGACCAACAGGAAUGCGGCUGA